GAGGGGAGGUUUUAUUAUCUUCACAGCUCCAGCUGAGUACCAAAUUCUCAAGAUACAAAGAAGUCGUAUCUAUAUUAUGUCUGUAUGCAUCAUCAUUAAUAACCAAGGAAUGCUAGAAGCGACAAGAUUUUGAGAUAGAUAAUUGUGAAAAGCGAUAAGGCACUUAUGCUUUGCUAUAGUGUCAUUAUGGUGGAGUGCGUGGAUGGCCCAAUGUGUCUGCGCGGUGACUGGCAAAAUCAAGAAGGUCAUUUUUCACUCAGUAGGCGCGACUGUCAACUCGGCUUCUUUAUGACAACUUCGCGACGCAGGAGGCAAUUGCUGGGCGAUCUCCCGAGCGACUCGUCGUCAGACGAAGAUCAAAGCGUAGCAAAGCGAAUAAAAGCGAAUAAUGGUGCUGCGGUCACUGUAUCGACAAAUUUGGCCGCGGAAUCUCACCUUCGGACAGACGGAUCCGGAUACGUCAAUGGUUCCAUUGUAAGAAUCGCCCUCACGAACUUUGUUACAUACGACUGGUGCGAAUUCUUCCCGGGUCCUCAAUUGAAUAUGAUAAUUGGCCCGAAUGGAACUGGGAAAUCUACCAUAGUAUGCGCCAUUGCUCUCGGUCUCGGAGGAUCGACAACUGUCCUUGGCAGAGCCAGAAAUAUAUCUGAAUUUGUAAAGACGGGGAAAACGAACGCUACUGUAGAAAUCGAACUUAAGCGUAUGGUUGGCCGUAACUUGAUAAUUCAACGUAAUAUUCAAAAGGCGAACAAUUCAAGCCAGUGGAAACUGAAUGGCGAAAGCAAAUCUCAAAAGGAUGUGAUGAAUGCUAUAUCGAGCUUAAAUAUCCAAGUGGACAAUUUGUGUCAAUUCUUACCGCAAGAUAAGGUGGCCGAGUUUGCCCAGCUCUUACCGCCACAGUUACUCGAGCGAACUCAGGUCGCAGUUGGAGAACAGCAAAUGAGCGAAUGGCAUCAAAAGCUGAUUGCACUUCGAAAAGAGGAAAAGCAACUUCGAACUGAACGGUCAUCGGAUGAGGAGCAUUUGAAAACCUUACGCGACAGAAAUUCAUACCUUGAGCGAGAUGUAGUGAAAAUGCAACAACGCGAAAAGAUUCUCAAAAGAAUUUCUAUACUCAAAGCUAAGAUUCCACUGGCGCAAUAUGCUGAUGCAAAGAAGGCAUAUGAUGUCUCCAAAAGUGCAAGGCAAUCGGCUUCAGAGGAGUUGAACCGCUACAAGACUGAAAACAUGCCAAUGGAUUCCGUUAAAAGGGCUCAGGAAGAAAAAUUAAAGGUGUUGAACCAUCAUUUUAAUCAAACGAAUCAGGUGGUAGAUAGGCAUGAUACCCAGCUCAGCGAAUUGAAGAGUAGAAUAGAGAGAGUGGCUCAGGAUAUAUCUGAAAGCAAGAACAAAAUCAUUACCAUCAAACAACGAGCCGAGCCUAGAGCACAGGCGAUUGCAGAUCUGAAAGCGGCUAUUCAACGACUGGAAAGUAUUUUAGCUGAAGGACCCCCUGAAGCCGAUACGAGUCAAAUUCAGUUGGAAAUUGAUGAGCUCAGCCGUCGAAGCCGUGAGGUUGGCGAUGAUUUAUCUGAGGUGGUCGACUCUCAGCGCGAUCAAGAAAGGCAAACGAGAAGAAUAGAUCAAGCUGUGGAUUUGAAAAAGCGGCAGCUCGCGGAUUUACAAAAUGUCCGAAAGCAACGUCUCGAAAAGUUGAGAGAAAAGGACCUGGAUACUUAUAAGGCUGUCCAGUGGCUUGAAAAGAACCAGGAAAGAUUUACUGGUAACGUGUAUGAGCCCAUCCUACUUGAAUUGAAUGUGAGAGACCCUCGAUACGCGAGUGCCAUUGAAUCUGUUCUUGGCGGUAUAAAUGGCCCGCAUUUGAAGCUGUUCACUUGCGAAUUGCAGCAAGACUACAAAAUAUUCACUAGCGAAAUCAUCGACAAACAAAAGCUCAAGGUCAAUGUGGGUUGGCCGGGUGGAAUUAAUACCAAUGCCUUUAGCCCCCCUGUUCCUUUGCAAAAGCUACGUGAAACGUUCAAAUUGGAGCAUUACCUCUCUGAUUUGGUCGAACUACCACCUAUUGUCCGUGCAUACUUGUGUCAAUUGACGGUGAUACAUGCUAUACCUAUCUCAUUAAAUCCAGCAAACGAAGCAAUGAUAUCAGAAAGUGGAAAGUUCCGACGAUAUAUUGUAGAGGACACGAUGUACGAGGUGCGCAAGUACUCUUAUGGUUCUGGUGGCCAGCAAACUAGCACGCGAAAAAUACGAAAGGCAGAAUACCUUUCUAACUCUGUUGAUACCCAAAUUAAAACAAGAACAGAGAACGAGCUCAAAAACCUGUUACAACAACAGAAGGAGGCAACGGAAAGUAAAACGAGCAUGCGAAAUAAAGAACGGAAAUUGAAGCAAACGCAACAAGAUAUACAGGAAUUACGAGAAGCUGCAUUGACUAAGAAGAAAGAGAUCAACAAGGUCCUUCAAAAGUACGAUGCACGGAAACUCAAGUUGGAAGGCAAACGUAGUGAUUUGGCCGAAGCACAGUCCAAACCUGCAGAAGAUCAGAUUGAAAUUGCACAACUUGAGCAAAACCUCAAACGAGACGUAUUGAAACGCGUGGAACUUUGCAACCGAUACACCACCAUUUUAGAGAGCGAGUAUAUACCUGCUACUCUAAAACGAAACGAAUUCGAACUAGGGAUAUUCCAGAUCAAGGCUGAAAUUGUGUUCUUUAAUCAAAUUUAUGAGUCGCGAACGCAGUCCCUCAAAGAGGCACAAGUCAAGUACAAUGUUGCUGAUGCAGAAUAUAGAGAGGCCAAGAACAGAGCCAAGAAAGCUCAUGAGGUGGCUAAGCGUGCUGGUGAAGAAUUGCGGGAACAAGUCUCAUCAGAUGAAUCGGCCGAGUAUGCAGAGCUGUUCCAAAAGUUUCAAAAUGAAGAGGUUGAAAUUUCCUUGACACAAAUUGAAGAUGAAAUCAACUCUGAGCAGGCUAAAGCGGAUGCUCUAAGAGCAGCCAACCCCUGGGCUAUGCAGCAUUAUGGACAGCGUCUCGCAGAGAUCAAAACUCUAGAAGAUCACUUGGUCAGCCGAAAGUCUAGACUAGACGUCUUAGAAGCUAACAUAACAGAGCUGAGGAAUUUAUGGGAGCCUCGGUUGCGUUCACUGAUAGAAAAGAUCAGUGCAAAGUUCUCAGCUGCAUUCCAAGAAAUCGACUGCACUGGCGAGGUCACCAUCAGCGAACAUGAAAACUUUGAGGAGUGGGGGAUAGAUAUUCUUGUCAAGUUCAGAGACACUGAACAGCUGCAACUCCUAACCGGCCAACGACAGUCGGGUGGUGAACGCGCGGUAUCCACUAUUUUGUAUUUGAUGUCUCUUCAAGAGCUGGCCAAGUCGCCUUUCCGUGUCGUAGAUGAGAUAAAUCAGGGCAUGGACCCUCGUAAUGAGCGCAGGAUUCAUGAACAGAUCGUUCGUGGCGCAACCAAGCCAGGUACCAGUCAGUACUUUUUAAUUACGCCCAAGUUGCUACCGGAUCUCUACUACUCUGACAAAAUGCGAGUCCUUUGCAUUUACAACGGUGAGUGGCAACCUAGCAAACUCAAAUCUGUCUCUCAAUAUCUGCAAGCGCAUAGACGAUCCAACGGAAAAGCCAUUGCUACAUCGGUAUAGGAGGAAAGACAAUGGUUCAAUCUGCUUUUUAAUGUAAUAAUAAAUAUAAAGGAAGAACAAUACCAGAAGAAAAGAAAAAAAAAGCAUGCAGCAAAAGUUAUCAAAAUUAAAUACAACAGGAAAGGGAUUGAAACGAGAGGAAAUAGUGAAGAAGAAAAUAUAACUAAAGUAGUAGUACGAAGCGACAGUUCAAAGUAUAGACGAGCUGGGUGAAGUUUAUGAGAGUACAAUGAGUUCAGCUCAUUGGCAUGUUUGAUCGCGGGUAUGUAGAAUAAGGAUGGGUUUUUGUG